CCCCCAAAUUCUGGGUCAGUCCUGAGCUAACCAAUGUGGUCUGGCAGGACCUGAUGUGGAAUUUGACCCCGACUUACCCUGUCCGACAAGUAGCCUUCCACUGAGCCCACUCUUGGUUAAAACAGAAGGAUAAAGGAGUGAGAAAAGAAAGGAGAGAAGUGAGAAGAGCAGCAGCAGCAGCAGCAGCAGCAGCAGCAGCAGCAGCAGCAGCAGCAGCAGCACAGUCACCGCUCCUCCAGGAUGCCGGUGGAGACGCUGCGGCCGUCAGACGGUCGCCUGGCCGGGGUUCCCUUCACCUCCUCCAUGCCCUUCAGGAUACUUAACAAGGGCCCCGGUUACUUCCGUCGCCAGGCUGAGCCCGGCGCCCGUAAACUGAGCGCGGUGGAGCGUCUGGAGGCCGACAAGGCCAAGUACGUGAAGAGCCAGCAGGUGGCGCUCAACCGCCAGGCUCCCAUCAAACCACCGAUCAUCCGCAAGCCUCUCGUUCCCCCGGGAAUGAUGCUCCAGUGUCAGGUCAGCUCUCCUCCUGCCCGCAAAGUUCCCAACUGCCAUGCGGACGUAGAGAACCGAGGAGGCCGAGAGGGAGCGGGCGGGAGGAGAGCACCCGCCCUGAACUUGGACAUUCUGAAUAAUUUAAUCAACGACGUUCACGACAGACCGAGUUCCCAGUCGUCGUCCUCCACCUCGCCCUCCUCGUCAUCUCCUUCGUCGGGAGCAAAGAGCAUCAGCAGCAGUUUGUCAGCGGAGCAGGAGAGGAGCAGCCGACUGCUCAACCACCUGAAACCUUUGAACCGCGGCACCGCCACCACCUCCUCCACCACCUCCUCCUGCACCUCCUCCCCGCUUAGUAACGUUCUCCGGACUCCUGCGGGGGAACUCCCCCGCCGUCCGCCCCCUGUUCCGGCCCGAGCGCCACGCACCGCGGUUCCGGCGCCUUACAGUUCCCCCAACUCAGUGACAGUACGCAGGGUGGAUGUUCGGCCUCAGGCUGAGAUCAGGAAGCCACUGCUGAAGCCCCAGAUCAGGCCCAGACAGACUCCACAGGGGCAGGUUCCUCACCCCCAGGUUCCACCACCUCCUCCUCCCACACACACUCAGCCCCAGCAGAACACUGCCUCCCAAACUCUGCCCUCCCCUCCCGCUUAUCUGCCCCCCAGCCCCAUGCUGGUCCGAGCAGGUAUGAUCCCACCGGCCUCCCCCGCUUUCACCCGCAUGUCCAACGCCAGCUCCAAGGGUUCGGCGCGUAAGCACCCAGCCUUGCACCGCUCCAAGUCGGACCUGAGCGACCGCUACUCGCGCGCAACGGCCGACCUGGAGCGGUUCUUCAACUACUGCGGGCUGGACCCGGGCGAGGUGGACGGCAUGGGCGGCGUGGAGCGCUUCACCCGGGCCAACUCGGACAUCGUGUCGGUCUCCAAGCUGCGCAGCGUCAGCACGCCCAGCUCGGAGUGCGGGGACGAGGCCGACCGCGCGAGGGAGGACGAGGACGACGUUGACGGUGACGAGGACGGGCCGGCGAGGGCCGGCGAGCGCGUGCCCUACGGCAUCUCCGUCAUCGAGAGGAACGCCAGGGUCAUCAAGUGGCUGUACGGCAUCCGUCAGGCGCGCGACACUAACAGUGCCGUCUCUAACGUAUAAACUCACGGGGGCUUGAAGGGACUUAAGCUGAACUCCUCUUUUUGUACGAAAACACGUGUCUUUGUAUUUCCACGAGGGCUCUGGUCAGGACAGACGGACGGACUGAUGGACGAUACAUUUCCCCCUCUUUUCUCUGUCACCUGAUCUUUUAAAGCAAUACUGGUAUUUGAAAGCAAUAAUAGACUUAAAUGAUUUAAAUGAUGAAAGCAGGUGAAGUUUGCAUUUGUUGUUCCUCACAUCAAAGGUACUUUGCGCACGUGUGUGUGUGUGCGUGUGCGUGUGUGUGUGUGUGGGUACUUCAGAAAGUUCUCGUCUUUCAACUUUUAAAAAAAGUCUCUUUAAAAAGAAUAGACACAUUCUUUUAUACAAUGACUUGACUUGGUUCAGCUGAAUUCAAGGUCACAGCUCGAGCCUCUUGACGCUCGACGACUUCAUCAUUCGUGGACUUUCAAUCCUCGUUCACGCUAAAAUUAGAGAGAUCACUUGUGAGCGCAAGAUAAAAAAAAAAAGGGGAUUGACACCAUUCACAUUUGUAGUAUGUGCACACGCACUCACUCAUUCAUCUUCUACCACUUUAUCCUCCUCAUGAGGGACCCGCGGGGGAACGCUGGACAGACCACCAGUCCUUCACCAUUCACACUCACACACUCUCAGUGAUGGUGGAUUUCUCUUUGUUUAUUGAUGAUUAAUGAGGUGGAGAACUGAAGAAUCCCUGUGUGUGUGUGUGUGUGUGUGUGUGUGAGAACCACGAUGAUACUGUGAAACCUUCCAGUGAUGCGUUGAACCACUGUUAUCAUACAAAUAUCUGUAAAAACGUCUCACGUUCAUUGAACUCUCUGUACGUCUGUGUCACACGCUUCCUCACAUCAGUCAGCAGUUUCCUGCGUGUGCGUCUGUGUGAGUCUUUGAGUCUCAAGUGUAGCAUGAGAAGAUUAUUUUUGCCUCCAGAGAAUUAAUCAGCGAGGAUAAAAGAAGGAAGACUGAAAGCGUGCGUUCAUGGAUUCAUGGAUUCAUGGAUUCAUGGUCUCAGGACUCGGCACACGAUUGAAAAAAAAUGGACCAAUAUUUAUUUGGAAAAUGUCAUUUAACUUAUGUAAAAGAAAAAAAGUUAACUUCCAGUUUUUUGUGCUUUUAAGUGCAAUCUGAUCACAAUUAGUACAGAUUAUGUUGGGUUAUGCUAAGCUAACGGAGGCACCAGUGUGUGUGUGUGUGUGUGUGUGUGUUUGUGUGUGUGUGUGCGCGUGUGUGUGCGCCUGCUGCUGCUCUGGAGGUGACACUGUCGUGUGUGUUUUUGCUUCGUUUCCUGUUUGUCGCAGCAGGAACACAAGAGGAUUGUGUGUCUCCUGUCGCGGUUUCCUGCCGCGUUCUCCUCCCUCCUCCUCCUCCUCCUCCUCUUCCACUUCCUCGUACCUGCAGCAAAGAGAAGAAUGCUGGAAAACAGCAGCAGCAGCAGCAGCAGCAGCAGCAGCUGUGACGUUGGACUAAGUGAGCUGUUUAAUCCGGCGCUGGAUGCCCAAAGAGUUAAAGUGAAGAAAAAUGCUUUACCAUGGUUGUAUUUUAAAUAGUUAAGAAUAACAAUAAUAAUAAUAAUAAUAACAAUAAUGAUGUUAUUAAUAAAAGAAAGGUCUAAGUAAAUUCUUGUGCACUGUUUUUCUUCUUCACUUGAUCGUUCACUUUGACGUUUUCUCUCAGCGCCACGAAAAACUCCUUUAAAACAACUUUAAAUCCAUGGAAAUGGAGCAAAAUAUCAGAGAACCUGCCAGAAUAUUUCAGACAUGAACAUUCAUCUCCCGAGAACGUGCGGAGAACAUCGGAACUUAAAAUAUGGUGUAAAAUAAUAAGUGUAAUUUGUAUAAAUGUGUAAUUUAGUGCUGGAAAAGAGAGAAAAACUUGAACCUCGAAAAGGUGCAUGAACCUUGACUUUGAUAUUUUAAAUAAAAGCGAAGUAUUGUAUAAGUACAUGCAACUUGAAAUAAACGCCCCUAAAAAUGGUCA